AUGAUUCCCAGAGAUGCAUAUCCAUCUUCAGUUUACUCAUUCCUUAAUCUCAGAAACUUCCAAUUUGCAAUCAAAUAUUGGCUAGGUUAUGCACUAGAAGCCAAACAAUAUGAUACAACCUCUCUGACCAACCCAGAUACCAAUGAACAAAUUUAUCGUGAUGCAUUGACACAUAUUCAAAAUAUCAUGCAACACCAAAACAACAACAACAACAAAACCGAUCCCAUUCUGAAACUUAUAUUUCAGCGAACUCUUGAUUUUCUUCAAUUAAGAAAGAAGAUUUCUGGGCAUGUUCUACAAAAUCGACAGGGACUGAAUUCACCUUGCAAAACAUGCAACAAUCUACCAGUGGAAGAACAGUGCAUUCAAACCAUUUAUGUUGAUUCUUCCAAAGUGGUUGAUCCAUCGGUGAUCGGGUGUGGUGUUUCUCUAGCACCUCCUGAGAUUCAACUUGAACCAUUAAAGAACCCACAUGCAAAACCUGGUUCACAACCUAAACCAAUCCUGAAGCCUGAGGAUCCAUGUUUGAAACUUGUCAGAAUUGAGCCUAACCUCCAGAUAAUUGAAAGAUGUGGGCUUCAAGUUUUUCUGAUGUGUGAUAAGACAAGUGAAGAAACGCUUGAUUUUUGGGUAUACAAUGCUUUUGACAAAGACACUCUUUGCCAAUUAGUGGACCAUCAUUCCAAGCUUAGCAAUGUGAAAAAAAUCAACCGGGGAAAGAAAUUUGAAUCAUAUAGUAUGGGUAAAAUGAUGGGCCAUGGUUCAAGAGCUGCAAUGGGUGGUGCAUCUGGAGACAGUUACACUUUUUAUGCAGGCAUGGAGGCAAUCACCCAGGAAGAUAUAAAUGCACUCUUCAACUCAGCAGAGGAUUCUAUGGUCAUGUCUGAGAUUGCACGGCUUUUUCAUCAUCCUCUUUACCAGGAGUUAAAGGAAGCCUCAGCUGCUGGAGAUCGACUUGGCACCUCUGGUGCAACACUCUACAGCUGCAAUAACUACACAAGUCCACUGCACUGUGAUGAUGAUGCAACACGCGGUCUCUGUGCACAAUAUCAACUUCAAGCAAUCUCAAAGUUCUUUGAAUAUUCAUUUAUUUUCGCGGACUAUGGAUUAUACUUUGUGUCACGAACAGGUUCCUUGUGGUCCUUUGACGGCUCAAAAGCACAUGGAACACUUCUCCCUUCAACAUCGGAACUUACUGAAGAGGAUAGAACCAUAUAUCCGCAAAUUGCAGGACAGCCACCUAUCAGAAUAUCAAAUGGUAAUCACGUAACAAGAAACAAAAAAAAUCAAAAUGCAGCUAUCAAAUACCAAGCAGUCCGGAUCCAUCGCGAUCAAAUCCAACAAUACUAUGCACGAAGGCUUUGA